AUGUCACUCCCUACCACGAGCAAACCGUCGCAAAUGUCCAUCCGAUCCUUCUUUCAAGCCAAACCGCCACAAUACGCUCCGCCGCCAUCAAGCAAACAACAACAACAACAGUCUCUAUCAACACCACCACCACCUCCUCCUCCUCAAUCCCAGCCUCAAUCGCAAUCCUCGCCGUCUCCAGACCUUCCCCCACAAUCCGCCAUCCCUCAACCACCAACUCAAUCAACAUCAACAUCUACAACGACAUCAACACCAUCAACAACCCCCGGCCGAACCCGGCGCCUCCCCCCCGAAGCAUCCAUCCGCCCCAUCACGCCCGCCGACAUCACCGCCCUCCGCCGCCUAAACUCCCUCCUCCUCCCCGUCAGCUACCCCGAGGCCUUCUACAGCCGCGCCGCCGACCCCGUCACCGGCCGCUUCUCCCGCCUCAUCUGCUGGUCCCACCACCACAACAACACCUCCUCCUCCUCCUCCUCCAGCCACGAUGACGACCCAAAACCCGUCGGCGGCAUCGUCUGCCGCGUCGAGCCCGACAUCCCCCUCCACGCCGCCGCCGCCGCCGCCGAAGGCACCCGUCCCCCGGCCGUGCAGCAGCAGCAGCAGCAGCAGCAGCACAACAUAUACAUCCAGUCGCUCUGCCUGCUCUCGCCCUACCGCUCCCUGGGCCUCGUCGCCGCCGCCCUCGACGACGUCCUCGCCGCCGCCAUAGCAGACCCGACCCUCAACGUCGCCUCCGUCACCGCGCACGUCUGGACCGAAAACGAAGAGGGCCUGCACUGGUACGAGGCCCGCGGCUUCAGGAAGCAGGAGCCCGCCAUCAAGGGCUACUACCUCAAGCUCCGCCCGGACUCGGCCUGGCUCGUCUCCAAGCCCGUCGGCGCCUCCGUCCUCAGCGCCCUCCCAGGUUCUACUUCUUCUACUUCUACUUCUGCUGCUUCAACUUCUGCUGCUUCAACUUCUGCUGCUUCAACUUCAGCUACGCCGCCGCCCGCCUCUUCUCGCGCAGAUAUAUCCGGCAUCACGGCGGCCUCGUUCCAGAAUCAGCGGCCCGAGACGGAGUGGAACGACCUCCCUGCGGACAUGGCGCCGUCGCUGCUGGUCCCGCCGAGGAACGGGAGUGAGCCGGGCUCGGGCGCGAGCUCGAGGAGUAGCUCGACCGUGCGGAGGAAGAAGGACAGGGCGUAUCCUGCUGCUGCGUUUGGACAAUGA